AUGGAAGCAACAAACAAGACCCGAGUCCCAGCGAAAACAAACACGUACCUCCUCACAGGAAACCUUUACAACUGGAUCCGACUCAGAUGCCUCUUCUACCAGCACCACCACACGUCCUUCUUUAGGGGUUCCUUCAACACAACAAGGGGCAACAGGGGGCACUCCAGGCAAAAAAGACAGGCUGCAGACUUGCAGCGAGACCCUCAAAAAAAGCCACAAGGACAAGGGGUAUUAAAUCUAUCAAAUACUGUGCUAACUAUUCUUCAAAUGUUAGCAUUAAGCAAAGGUUUACAUUUUGUACCGUCUAUUAAAUCUGACUUGUUUUCGUGUAAAACUGAUUUACAAAAAUUCCUUUGCUUAAUUAAUUUACGUGCAUUUUUUUCAGGUCAGCAAAACCAAAGCCAGCAAGACAGCCCUCAUCCAGGAGAUGAAAUCCCAGCGGGCACAUCGUCUAACUAUACAGUCAAUCUGGAGGUUUGUAAAAAGAAAAGCACAUUCUUUCCAGUUGUUCCAAAUCCCUCUAUUUAAACAUUCUGUAAAAUAGUUAUCUCUGAGGUAGAAAAUUUGAACUGGCAGCAACAACGUAUUAAGUAUAAUUUGACUUUCCAGGAAAAAACUGCCCUGAAUUAAAUUGCACAAAAUCCAGAUAUCAUAGUCAAACCUGCCGACAAAGGCAGUCUGAUUGUGAUCCAGGAUAAACAGUAUUACCACAACGAGAUUAUGAGACAGUUGGGUGAGAGAACUAAUUAUAAGGUCCUAAAGAAUGACCCUAGAGCACAUGUGGCUAAGAUAAUUCAAACCGUAGUAGAGGGGGCUCUCCAAGAGGAAAUAAUUACAAAUUCACAUUCAGUUUUCCUGAUUAACAAGCUCCCCAGAAUACCUGUCUUUUAUACAUUACCAAAGGUCCAUAAAGAUGCACCCUAUCCCCCUGGUCGCCCCAUUGUGGCGGGGACAGAUUACAUUUUUCAGCCUUUAGCUAUUUUUGUAGACCAGUUUCUGCAACCCCUAGUGACCUCUGGCAUGUCUUAUAUUAAAGACACUAAAGAUUUUCUACAAAAAAUUCGUUAUCUACCAGUUGACCCUACAGACUUACCGGUGACACUAAAUUUGUCCAGUCUCUAUACCACUGUACCCAAGGACGAAGGUCUGAGGAUAAUACGUGACAAAAUCUCCUCUGUCCUUGUAUACAUGAACUUGUGUAAUUUUGUAAUUAAACUGCUUGAGAUUGUUCUGAGAAAACAUUUAUUCCGGUACUUGUCAAUAUUGUAUGAACAGGUUAAAGGCACUGCGAUGGGGGCCAAUAUGGCUCCUUCGUAUGCAAACCUCUUUAUGACUGAUUUUGAAGAACGGUUUGUUUACCAGCACAAGCUUUUUAUUUUGCAUGCCAGGAAGUGGUUACGGUACAUCCUUGACUGCUUUUUACUCUGGCAUGGUACCCAGACUGACCUUGAUACCUUUCUUGCCUUUUUAAAUCAGUGCCAUAGGGACAUCCGGUUUACUACUACUACUAGCACUGUUGCUGUGAGUUUUUUGGAUGUACUAGUUGGCAAGCAUGAUGGAUCCCUGUGCACUGAGUUAUAUACUAAACCUACAGGUUAUAAUAGUCUGCUACAUAAGAAUAGUUUUCAUGCUCCUAAGCAGAUUUGUUCUAUCCCAUGCAGCCAGUUCCUGAGAGUUCGUCGAAUUGUUAGUGAUGACAACAUAGUGAAUGAACGUCUGACUGACUUUUCAAAAAAAUUUCUGGAUAAGGGGUAUCACGAAAGGCCAAACGCAAGGCUCUGGGUAUGA